UCACCUGCGCCCGCAAUGUUGCAGCCUACCGGCCUCGAAUCGACACUCUCCGCGCCGUCGACGCACCCGACGCUCAGCGUGCCGCUCUCGCCGCGCUACCUCUCGCCGCCCGCCGGCUGCGUGCCCUCGCUGCUGCUGCGGCUGCCGCCGGCCCUCUACGCCAACCCGCGCGACCUCACCGACCCGCUGCUCGACGACUGGACCUUUCUCGAGUCGCACGACGCCUCGCUGCGCCACGUCGACUGGCAGCACAUCGACAUCGAGCGCGCCGUCGGCUGGAGCGACGAGCAUGCGCAGCUGCGCCGCCGCCUCGCCGUCGGCGACGAGCCCGAUGUGUACCGCCCCGCAGAGGCAGCCCAGCCGGUGGCCAAGCGCAGCGGGGACACGAUCCGCGUUGCGUCUGUGCUAGAGAGCGGCAGUGCCUCGCCGCCUGCUGCGCCAACCUCAGACGCCGAGCUGCCGCUGGCUGUCGAGCGACGAGCGCUCCUGCUAAAUCUUAAGACGCUCGACCCCGCCGGCCUCGAAGACGACGAGGAGUACGAGACGCAGCAGCUCGACCUGCUGCUGCAUGCACGCUACCUGCCGCCGCGUACCUCGGGCCACGCCGACCGGCAUCUGCGCCCGUGGUGGCAGGUCGAGUGGGCACGCCUGAUGCGCACGGUCACCAGCCCGCAGACGUACGGCAACUACCUCGGCGUACAGCUCGAGGAGGCGGAGCAGUUCUGGAGCUGCGACCGGCCGCUGGAGUGGUCGGACGACAUGGAGAGUUGGGAGCAAGUCUCCGGCGUCACGCUGCUGCCAUCUCCACACGGUCACUUCGCCAUGCCCGACGACGAUGCACUCUACUACCGCCGCAGCCCGCCGUCGCGGCCGCCAAAGCUGCCCGCCAGCGCGCUGUGGCGCACGCACCGCCUGCGCCUGCCCACGGGCGAUGCCGAUCUGGCACAUUUCACGACGGCCGUCACGGCCAUCGUGACGCUGGCGUGCGCGCUGGCAGUGGUGCUGAGCGUCCUGCGCACGUCGGCUCGUGUAGGCGGACUCAAGAAGACGGUGCGGUAGCGUUACGGAAUGACAUUGCGAUACCCAACAGCU